AUGGGCUUGGAAUCAGUUGGAUAUGAUCUGGAUGCGGGAAUUAUACGUUGUAUUUGUGGUUUAGAAGAUGAUGACGGAUUUACGAUUCAGUGUGAACGGUGCUAUGUUUGGCAGCAUGCUGUAUGCGUUGGUAUUGAUCAACAUCAUGUCCCUGAUGAAUAUCUUUGUGAUCUUUGUUUUCCUCGAACGUUAGAUGUUAAGAAGGCAAUAGAAAAGCAGCGUCGUCGUAGAGAGCAAGAAUUAGUACAUGUAAAGACAAAUAGUUCUCAUAGUCGAAAACGACGGCAAUUUCAAUAUGGUUUAGUGAAGUCAAAAGUUCAUUCUUUAGGAUCGGUGAAAGAAAAGUCAUUAAAUGCUACGGUUAAACAUGAUGGAAGCAGAAAAUCUCGAUCUGGAGGUCGCACUUUUUUUUCAAAGGAUAUGGAAAGUCGAUUUCAAAUAAUGGAAGGAUCAAAUGGGUUGAAUAUGAAUUCUGAUUUGCUUUUCGAUUGCAAUACAGAAUAUUCUGUAAUUGAACAUAAUUUAAUUUCAUCGGUAGAUGCUGAAAUGUAUAUUUCAUUAUUACUGCAAGAUAAGUCAGGGAUGCAUGUAGUUUUAGAUGAUUAUUUUACUUCAAAGCAAUUACCAAAGACAUCUAUUCAGCCUAUUUCGGACACUGAUAUUUCUUCAUUCUUACGUUUUUCAUUGUAUUCUAAUCAAUUUAUUGCUUCUGGACAAAUUAUUAAAGAAUUUAAGGGUGAAAUUUAUUUGCAAGAUGAAUAUAAGGUUAACUCUAUUAAUCAUUAUUCAUUCCUUCUCGCGCCAAAGCCUUUUGUUUAUUUUGUUUCAGAUUCAAAGCUUUGCAUUGAUACUAGAAAAUAUGGUACGGAUUCAAGAUUUAUUCGUCGAAGUUGCAAACCUAACGCUAAAUUAAUUACUGUUGCAUCAAGUAGCAAUUUUCUUAUUCAUAUUGCACUUUGUUCAUUAACAGAAAUUCAAUCUGGAUCAGAAAUUACAAUUGGUUGGGAUUGGGAUAUGGAUCAUCCAGCUUAUUAUAUAGAAAAUCGUGAACGCGUUCCUGAAAAUGAUGUUAAAUAUAGUCAAGAACUAAUUUAUUAUAUUAAUGGACUGGAAUGUGCCUGUGAAAUCGGCAAGGAUUGCAUUUUAUUUAGACUUAAACAAGCGUUUUCGAGUAUUUCUAAGAGUAGUAUUAAGUCUAAUAAGAAAAAAGCUAUUUUUCCCUUAAAUAAUAUCAAUCAUGAUAUUGAUAAUUAUGAUCCCGAUAAAUCUAUAUCUCAAUUAAAGAAUGAUACUAAUGUAGUCAAUAAACUUCGGAACGUUAACGAAAUAUCAGAAUCAUUUGUAAAGAAUCCAUCUUCUUGUACAGAUUCUAAUUCUAAUGAUCUAUUGUCUGCAAGAGAAGAGCGUAAAAUUAAGGAUAUAUUGGCACGUAUAGAAAAAUUAGAACAGGAAGAGACUCAAGUUAUUAAAAAAAGGAAACGAGGUAAUGGGAAAUCAAAUGAAAAUCAUAAAACAUACGGUCAUCAACAUAGAACAUCAUUGGCUGUUGCGAUUAAACAAGUCUGUCAACAGUCAGGUUCCUCUACAACUCCUUCAAGUUCUCCUAAAAAUGAUGUUUCAAAUACUAAAUCGUUUCCUCGACGUCAUGGUCGUAUUCCUUCUAGAAUUGUUCGAAUGCAAAAACAUGGAAAAAUCACAAAUGGUAUUUUGAAAGAUUAUUCAGAUGAUAAUGAUAUUCUUCCAUGUAAAAAGAUGUGGAUGAGGCGAUGGAUACAGGAGAAUUUUAAGUUUGACGUUGAAAAAGUUAUAAAAAAAGAUAAACAGAGAUUGGAAAAUGGUGUUGUUGGAUUCCAGGAUAGUGUUUGUUCUAAAACAUUUAAAGAUAUGGGAAUUAAUUCAGUUAAAUGUGAAAGUCGCUCAUCUUUGUCUGAUAUGGUUCUAUUGGAACAAUUGUUGCCUGAUAUGGAAUCAUCAGACAAAUUGUCUUUGAGUUUUACGUCUCCAGAACCCGCUAUUUCUGUACCUAUUUCUGAGCCAUCUCAAUUAUCAGAUAAGCUUUCUACGCCUUCGCUUUUUAAGCCUGAUCUUGGAUUUUCUUCUGCAUCUGAAUCACAUAUGUCUUCGUUUACUACUAUUGCAUCACCUUUAACUUCAGAAUUAGAACCUAUUCAAUCUACUGUAUUACUUACAAGUCCUACUUCUAUUUUAGGGUCUUUUCCAAAAAAAAUAUCUCUUAGUGAAUAUAAAAAAAGAAGAACUGCAAAUGAGGAACUUGUUGUCAAUGAUAAGUCAGAUGAUACAUUUAAUAUACCAGAAAUAUCUGUUUUACCUAACAAUAAUUCUGAUUUUAAGAUAGAAAAUUCUGAAAAUACUCUUUUCUAA